AUGCGCGAGCGCGCCAUCCAGCCCAUCUUCGACGACCUCACGCCACAGUCUAGCUACCGCCUCGACACAACCCUCGCCGACUUCCUCCCCGACACGAAGCCACCUCAAGUCCUCCCUCCGCCCACCCCACCCCAAGUCCUGCCCAUCCCCCAUCACUUAAUUUACUUCGAGCCCACGAAGCCGCAGUCAGCUAUGCUACCAGAUGGGACGAAUCCGGACCAGAGUCCCGGCGAGCCGUUUGUAAGACGAAUGUGGGCCGGCGGAAGGGUGGUGUAUGAUCACGCUAACCCGUUGACUCUUGAUGCCGGGAGAGGAGUGUGCGCGGAGUUCAUCCGGAGUGUUACCGUGAAGGGCAAGGAGGGGGAGGAGAAGCUGUUUGUGGGGAUCGAGAGGAGGCUGGCUAAGGCUAGCAAAGAGGAAGCGCUCGAGCACCGGGUUCGGCAGAGAUUAUGGAGAGACAGUGAUACAGACUUCGGACCUUGUUCCAUCCUCGAGUCACGAAACAUCGUGUUCAUGCGUUCGCGAACGAAAGAAGAAGCCGCCGCAGAUGCAGCAAAAAGCGGCGGCAAGAUCCUCAAACCACAGCGGAAGCCGGACUGGAGCCAUACCAUCACCCCGGAUCCAAAACUACUCUUCCGCUUCUCGGCACUGACGUUCAACGCCCACGCUAUACAUCUGGAUCCCGAGUAUUGUAGGGAAGUGGAAGGGCACCGGAAUUUGCUGUUCCAUGGUCCGCUGAGUUUCGUGUUCAUGAUCACGGUGCUGCAGCAGCAGUUGAGGAAGGAAGGGAAUGAGGUUGUGAAAAGCGUCGAAUACCGGAAUCUGGCGCCGUUGUAUUGCCAUGAGCCCGUCACGUUUUGUGGCACGAAGGUCGCGGAGGGCAAGUAUGAGAUCUGGACGCAGACGCCAGAAGGUACGUCUGUGCACCGCCCUAUCCAAUUGAGAGAGGCGGGCUAUAACUGA